AUGGAGUCCACGGCCUUGAAACCGUCGGUGCUGGACCCCCCGGCGGGGGUACUGGAACACCCGGCACUCGGUCCCGGCAACACGGGCGUGCUGACGCCGGCGGCGACGACCACCGGCGUCGGGCCAACCACUGACGGCGGUAGCUCGGCGGUCCUGAAGCAGGUGCACCGCCUGCUGACACCGCCGUCCGAUCUGCUCGAGUGGAAAGAUAUGCCCCAGCAUCUGCAGUUCAACCCGUACGUGCUGACCGGCUACCGUCCCCUGCAGGGCGUCAAGGGCUGCCUGAGCAGCCUCUUCUACGUGCACAACGAAACCAUCAACAUCCUUACACACGGCAUUCCGAUCGUUUACAUUCUGGCAACCGUGCCGGCAAUGAUGCCAUGGGAGAAAGAGUACCGCUUUCUGUCGUGGUGUCAUCUGGUCGGCUCCGUUGCACCGUGGUGCGGUAGCUUCGUCUACCACCUGUUCAUGAACCUGGAGUGCGGCGAGGGCGUCUACUACCGGUUGCUGCAGCUGGACAUGCUCGGCAUCUGGAUCAGCCAGAGCUUCGGAGCGUUACCGAUGGUGACGGCAACGGUGUACUGCCUCAAUACCCCGUUGAAGUGGCUGCUCAUCAUUUCCUACUCGCUGCUGUGCAUUUGGGGACUCUUUAAGGCUAUGACGGCUUCAUCACCAUGGCAGCGGCGGCUCUGCUUCCUGCUGCCGUUCAGCAUGCGGAUCGUGCUGACGUUGCUGCGAAUUUCCAAUCUGGGCGGUGGCAACCCUACCUCACUCACCCACGUAUUCCUUCAGGACGCUGUAUCAGCGCUAGGCGGAAUCAUCGGAGCAAUGCAUAUCCCCGAGAAAUGGUUUCCCGGCAGCGUAGACAUCUACCUGAACUCACACAACAUCAUGCACGUGCUGGUGGUGGUCGCCGUCUACUCGAUGCACCAGGCUACUAUACGGGACAUUGAGUGGAUGCAGCGGUCCGACUGCUACGGGCUCAACAGUAACGCCACGCUGGACAUAGAUACCGUCAGUGGAUCGCGCCUGGAACUAUGACUUGCGUCAAGACGCCAACCUAGCGCUGUAGCACGGGCGACAUCGGCCAGCGGCCAGCAGAAGAAGCAAUGCCCCACCACUAACACCACCGACGCCACCGCCGCCGACGACAUCUGUUCUCGAACUGCUCAGCUAGCGAAUCUAGCCUGCCGUCCCUCACUUGUCGUACGCGUAGAGGGUGUGCGAAUGGCAUAGCUUAGAAUGAUCAAUAUCGACGUGGGGAACGGUCAGAACGGUGGCUAGCACUCACGAACCGGUAGCGGUUACGCGUACAUAGCGACCACAACACACACCAUGAAAUAGGAGACCAUUGCACAUCGGCAGAUUCGCACCUAGAACCAUAUCAUGGAUGCUGUAGACGUCGUCGAUACUUAGCACUUGGCACGUGAGCGAAGGCAAAAUGUUUCAAACUCUUCGGGCCUAAAUGGUAGUCGCCGUCGCCGCUAGCUACUAGCUCGACGUUUUGUCCUAGGAUCCCCCUAGCCUAGCCUUGCUCGUUAAAAGACCAAACUAGUUCCUGUUUCCGCGCAGCGCGGAGCCGGCCUACACACAGUGCUUAACGUCCUCCAGUUGAGCCAGUCAGAGUCAGAUUGGAGGAAACAUAGCGAACCAAUUACCAAGGCUUUCGCGUAGAGGCAACGUCAAACACGGUCAUCCGACACGUAGCACGCUGACGUAGCGGUUGCUUCGUCCUUCUUCCCUGCAACUUAGCAAACUGCGUGGCGCUCUUCGAUUUGCCCGGAAGUGACUCUAGCUAGACGAUUACUAUACUAACGUGUCGAAUACCUUAUAGAACCUAACAUACCGUAGCACCCUAAUUACAAAACAAUUACGAAAGGCUGUUUAAGUAAUAAUUUUCCUACUGCUGUGAACAUACUGGAGAAUGGGCAAAGGUAGAAAUAAGAGAUGGUUGUUGGAAAUCGAAAAGUGCAAGCUCUGUACGCCGCAACACACGCUGAGCUGAGUAGCAGUUCCCCUCUACCUUAGCCGGACUGUGCGUGUGCGCGUGCGUCGUCCGCUUAACCGUGGCUUUCCUCUCCCUCCGCGUUGGUUACAUUCAUGAUCCACCAAACUUUGCAAAAUAGCGUCUGUGAUCGUUAAAUUUAACAUACAACACAUUGUUACUAACGUUUAAAAUGUGUCUUUAGUUACGUAAGCGAAACGGUGUGGGCCAAUUUGAGUUGAGGUUAGGUAAAAGCAAUAACAAAAGCUUGACUACCUAACGGCGGUCUAUCUUACAUAUCGGUUGAAGUUCGUACGAUAUCGCGGAAACCCCCAUUCGCGGCUCACUUGAUUUUGUUAAUAAACUUAACAAGUACCAUUCUUUGAAGUAUCGAUUCGUUGCGGACCUUGAAAAGCUGCUACUUUUGUUCAAGACACACACACACACUGAGACCCACUCUAAAGCUAUUAGAAAGCCUAUGCUUCCAGCAGAUACUAACCCAAUAGAACGGUCAAUCUAGUAGGUGAAUCUGAGCGCACGGACAAACUAGUAAAUACUACAAUGAGUCCCUGUCUAAAACUAGUGACACGUCAGAACUGUCAAACUUGCACCGUGAACUCAGGCCGCCCUUCUGGGGCCGGGAUUGCGUUUCACAACUUAUGCGUGAAGUGCGAAAGUAACUUUUCUGGCGACAUAAUACUGAUUUUAUAUCGAGUAGUCACACCAUGGGUCACCGUCAUGCUAUGACACAUCUUCGGGAAUGCUCGCUUCACAGGAGCACACACGGUCAACGAAGCUGACAUUAUCCUUUCGUUCAAGUAACAUGUUAUGUAUUGAAAAACAAAAAAAAACAAUCCACGCAGUAGCAACGUAUGGGUAGCCUAGACGGUGGCUGAAUGUUGCGUGUGUCGCUCUCUGUGCAAUUUUGUUUGACGAUUAAUUAAAGUUAGUGUAAAAUAUUUGAAUUGAUGAAAAUACUACUCUUUUCACGCUUCUCUAGAACCCAAGCAAACUCUCAGACACUUCAGAAGCGAAAUCCUUAACACUAUUGUGCAAUGUGAUAUGAUAUUUUUGCGCAUGGAAGUGUACCAAUUCUGGAUAUACGCAAGAUAUAUAGCAUAUUAUUUGCACACUGUGAAGAAGUCUUGUACUUGGACAUGGCCGGGUUGGCCGGGUGCAUGCAUCUGAAAGUACCGAGAGCGUACUUGUGUAUGAAUACGCCCUGAGGCGCGGGCUGCGACAUGAUCCCCAUGCCCUCGCCACCAGCGAAGGGCAAAUAUGUUCCAGUAUGUGCGAAUACUUGGCGAGAUGUGCGCUACGUUUGGCAGACAAGAAACAGCAAAAAAUUCCACUAAUCCAAACAAAGCAACCAAUUAAGGCGGAAGGACACAGAAAACAAAAAUUACCAACAUACUCAGCUGUAAAAAGCUUACUUACCAGUGAGUGUAAAAUAUCACCAAAAGUACCAAAUUAUUAAGCUGAAUUUUGCGAUCAACAAAUACGUCCAAAAAGUAGGGGCAGAUGUUUAUCGUUGAGAUCACAUGGCUCGUUCUAUCUCUCUCCAUCUAUCUCUAUCUCUCUCUCUCUCUCUCUCUCUCUCUCUCUCUCUCUCUCUCUCUCUUUCGCACACACUCUAUCUAUCUCUAUCUCUUUCUAUCUUUUGUAAGGGGAUAUAGAUUUACGAUUGUGGAUCGGCACGGUCGUCUGCGGGCUCGUCUCGCAUUCGCGAAAAGUGAAAUGUAUCAUUCUGCAAGUGCAAUACUAUUCGCUUCUUUAAUUGGAAAUGAAUCGAAAGAGCGGAACAUGCGUGACAAAGCAACACACCAUAUUGGCAAAUUCAAAGCAACGCACACGCUCAAUGCAUUAAACGAGUGAUCGUGAAUUGACCAAAACAAUUUUCUCAAAUUAUUAAUUGCUCUAUAGAAUGCGUUCAGUUUGUAACUGAUGGACUUUUAGUGAGUUAAAGAAAAAGAAAAAAAUCGGAA